UUAUGUUUAGUAAAUAUUUAAUAGAUGUCUUCUGAUUUAAAUAUUAUGAAAUGUUAUCAGCUUUUGAAGAAGACACUGGGGAUAAUUAUGUCCACAGUACAGACAAGGACUCUCUGAGAGAUUCUGAGGUCACACAGAAUGAGGGGUAGAGCAGAGAUGAUUCACAUGUUCUACAGAUCCUAGAGCUUUUUUCUAGCUCAUUUAGUUCUAAGUAUCUGUCUCUCUAAUUCACUGGUGUUCAAAAGAUACAUAGUGUGAGCCACAUAUAUAAUUUAAUGUAUUCUCGGAACCACGUGAAAAAGAUAAAAAGAAAUAGGUGAAAUCAAUUUUAAUAAUAUAAAAUUUUUUGAGCUAGUUCAUGGUUUUUGUACCAGCCACAUUUUAAGGUCUCACCAAGCCACACCCGGUGAUUGGCUGCCAUGUGGUUCAAUGUGGCUCUCACUCUUACAAGAUCAUCGAAUGGCCCAGAGGAAGGCUGUCAGGGGCCCCUGACCUCAGCGCUGGGCCCCCGUGGCUGUGGACCUUGCCAGGGGGUGGGUGGGCUGGGAGGGGCUUCAGCACGUCUCUGAAUGCUACAAACUUCUGGUUUUCAGAUGUAACUAUUGGAGCCUUCAUGUCUGACAGCGUGGUUCUUCUAAGGGCAAGACCUGUCAUUACAGUGGAUGUCUCCAUCUUCCUCCCAGCCUCCAUCAACAUCACGGCACCUCAGUGUCACGAUGGGCUGCAGCCUGUGAACUGCCUCAACGUCACCGCCUGCUUUAGCUUCCACGGCAAGCAUGUUCCAGGAGAACUUGGCCUCAAUUACGUUCUGACGGCUGAUGUGGACAAAAAGGCAAAGGGCCAGUUGCCCAGGGUCUACUUUGUGUUGCUGGGAGAGUCCGUGGGUCAGAUCACAGAGAAGCUGCAGCUGGUCCACAUGGAGGAGACGUGUCAUCACUACGUGGCCCACGUGAAGCGUGUAGAACACAAAAAGAAUAAAAAAAGAAAAAAAAAUCUAAAACCACAAAGGAACCAUGAGAAGAGAGAUGGAGAUGGUGGUCACAAGAUUUUGGAGGGUGACGGCAGCCCAGGAGUGCAGAGCAAGCACACACCUCUCUGUGAUGAUUUGGGUCGUCUUGGGGAAGAGCCAGAGAGUGGUCCAGUACAUCAGAUCUAGAGAAGUUUGGAUGUGAUUAGUACUUGGCUGUUUUCUCAUACAAGGACAUGGGGGUGGUGGAAUGCAUCAGGAAAGCACAGGCUUCUGUGGCCUUUAUGGUUCAAGAGGCAGCAUGCCUGUUAAGUGGUGCUCAGGUGGCUGAUCAUUCUUAGCCACCAGGAA